AUGAGCUCAUCGGAAGAAGCAAAAUCUAUCUUGGCACCUGUCUUGGGUCAGUUUCAUGAGCUUGCAAAAGCCAAGGACUUCAAGAAGCUUGCUGCCUUCUACGAUCCAGACGCUGUUUUCGUCCAUGCUGGAAAGGAUAUAAUUUACGGAAGAGAAGAACUGAGCGCCCUUAUUUUAGCUCUAGUAAAGAGUUUUGAAGAUUUUCUGGCAAGCGCAGGUAAGCUGACGCGAAAGAGUUCCGACGAACAGUAUAGCAUGUGUGAAGACUUCAUCAUUCUGACAGCCAACUAUGAGACAGAAACGGAAAAGUUGGGAGUGCUGAAAGGAAAGUUCACUCAAAUUUGGCGCAAAAACAAUAACACGUAUAUGUUACUACAUUUCGAGGAUGCACUAACAUAG